AUGGCACCUUUUGAACCUUCAGAGGCCACUCUCCGGAUAGUACUCCUGCCUGACGAUGGUCCAGAGCGAACGGAAUGCUGUAACACACGGAAAGGCGGUGACAUACUGGCCGGCUAUCUGGAAGUGUUUUCAGAGAGUCUUGUUGGCGUGAAUAUUACCGUCGUGUUUCAAGGCAUUAUAAGGACAUGGCGGCCGUCACUCAACGCACAGCCAGAUCACAACGCUACAGCAGAAUACAAAUUCCUGAGUGAAACCCAAGAGAUCGAGGCAACAUCCUCUCAUCGACAUCGAUGGGAAGGGCUCUCGGUAUACCGUCUGCCUUUUGCGUUCACCAUUCCCACUGAGCUCAUCUCUUCGAGGUCCGAUGUAAACCCAGCGUAUCUGACUCUCCCUCCAACCGUGAGAGAGGGCCAAAGCUAUUACGGACUAGCCACCAAGCAAGAAUACAUGCAACCGAGAAUCACGUAUGUUAUUACUGCCGUGUCCACCAGGUUCCCACGAGGCACGACUUCAGCGACGAAGUGCCGGACCAAGCGAGAGGUUACCGUCAUGCCUUCCAUUCCAGCGUCUCCUCCCCUUCAGAUCGAACAUUUCCCUCACGAGUACAAAACGACCUGUGUCAAGACCUUGAAGAGACGCGUGUGGAAUCGGCCAUUGGGUGAACUGACCAUCUCGGCGGCGGAACCAAAGGCCUUCAACAUCUCGACAUCUGCCCCUAGAGCCUCCACUGUAGCAGCGGUCAAGCUUCUAUUCCAGCCGUGCGAAGCCCACACCCCAGCCGCCACACCGUACGAGUGGAGAUUGACCGUGAAGUCUCACCUGAAAGUCCGAACAUUCUAUUCCACAAACCCAUUCACUCAGGUGCCCACCAAGGAGAGCGUCAAAUCGGAGCCGCUGGCCGAGAUGACCUCCAGCUGCACUUAUCGAGAGAUCCGCCAGUGCGACACCCUCUCGUGGCGCUUACAUCGCCUGUCCUCCGCCGGCACCAUCGCUUCGGACACUCUUGCCACCCCGUGGACGACCACGCUGAUAGUCCCGGUGAACGCGUCCAAGGCCCUGAUCCCUACAUUUCUCAACCCGCUGUCGGCUCGUCGAUACGUGCUGGUGCUCCACAUCACCGUCGACAAAAUCCACCACGAGGCCAUAGUGUUAGAGGUCCCGGUCCAGGUCAUCUGCGACCCUUCUCAGCCCGCGACCCUCUCGAAGAGGGGGGCGUCGAGCGAAACGAGCCGUGACGGUGCGGAGCACCAGAUCGCAGAGGGGGUGGGUACGAUGGACCUCGAAGACUGCCACGUACCCGGUCUGCUGGACACGACUCAACCACCGCUAUACGCCGCUCGUUGA